GGGGCUUGACAUCCUGCAGUACUUGCCUGGGCAGAUACCGGGCAAGCUCAGCUGUCAUCUGACUCGAUGUUAAAGAUGGCAGGAAACAAGUCUUAUACAAUAGUUGAAUACUUCGGCGGGGAUGGCGGUUACCGGUGUGGUUACUGUAAAAAUGAUGAAGGAAACUUUUCUCAUGGGAUGUGGUCUCACACCAUGACUGUACAAGACUACCAAGACCUCAUAGACCGAGGAUGGAGAAGAAGUGGGAAAUAUGUCUAUAAGCCCAAACUGAACAAGACCUGCUGUCCACAGUAUACCAUCAGAUGUCAUGCACUGAAAUUCCAGCCUUCCAAAUCCCACAAGAAAGUCAUGAAGAAGAUAAGCAAAUUCAUUUCCAAAGGAGAGUUGCCAAAAGGAGAGGGUGAUGGGGAGCCAAUGGACAAUGGGAUGGUGUGUGAAGAAGCAGGUCCACGGGAACCGAGUAAAGUCUGUCACUCAGAAGUUAAGUGUGCUGCUAUCACAGACAUUCAGAAGGAACUACCAGAGCGUGCCGACGUCACCGAAGUUCAGAGAGAGGUAGCGGAUGCCGCAGCUACCGAAACAUCGGGAACAUCAAGAAAAGAUCCAGUGUCUGUCGCGGAUGAGAGAACAACAGCCGCAGCUCCAAAACCAGGGAUGGGAGCUGAUCCUGGCCGGCCGCCAUGUCGGAAGGCCAAAGACUUGAGAAAGGAACGACGUCUUCAGAAAGAGCAGAUUAGACAGGCUGACGGGGUCUCUUCUAUUGUCUCUCCUACCCCACCCGCUCCGGCCCAGCCCAAGCUACCCAAAGCCCUGGAAGAUUUCAUCAAUGAGUCAUUGCCUGAAAACUCUUCUCAUCGCCUUGAGGUGAGGCUAGUGCGCUCCAAUCCCCCUAGCCCGCAGUUCAAAGCCUCGUUCGAUGCCUCCUACCAGGUGUACAAACUCUACCAGAUGGCCAUUCACAAGGACCCUCCUGACAAACCCUCCGAGAGCCAGGUGAGGCUAGUGCCGGUCAACUUUGAGGACCCUCAAUUCACAGCGUCCUAUCAGCAGUCGGUGGCGCUGUACUCCCGCUACCAGAUGGCCAUUCAUGGUGAUGACCCCAGCGAAUGUAGUGAGAGCGAGUUCCGGAGAUUUCUCUGUGAUUCACCACUAGAGGCGGAACAUUCUCCAGAUGGGCCCGAGAUGGGCUACGGCUCCUUCCACCAGCAAUACUGGCUGGACGAGCGCAUCGUGGCGGUGGGGGUGAUCGAUAUCCUGCCUACCUGUGUGUCCUCUGUCUACCUGUACUACCACCCAGACUUUGCCUCACUGUCUUUGGGCUCCUACUCUGCUCUCAGGGAGAUCGCCUUCACCAGGCAGUUGCAGAAACAGUCCCCCAAGCUGUCCUACUACUACCUGGGCUUUUAUAUUCACUCCUGUCCCAAGAUGCGGUAUAAGGGGCAGUACCGGCCUUCAGAUCUCCUGUGCCCUGAAACCUAUGCCUGGGUACCAAUAGAGCAAUGCCUACCCCAGCUGGAAAACUCCCGCUAUGCUCGUUUCAACCAGGAUCCUGAUGCAGGAGAUACUCGGUUGCUGAAGGAUGUGGGCCGAGCUCUGGUGCUAUACAAACGGGCCGUCAUGACCUACGCAGCCUACACCCGCAAAUGCAAAGGCUCCAGUGACGAGACGGAGGUGCAGCAGUACGCCGGCUUGGUUGGCCAGGACUGUGCAGAAAGGAUCUUGCUUUACCGCUCCUAAACAUUACAGCGUCACACCACUGCACCUUUUUUAAUAUACAUGAAUACACACCUCCCAGCAAUGUCUGUGUAUUUCUGUUAAUGUAUCUCUGUGUGUCUUCUCACUGUGUGUGAAAGUGCUUUCUGCUGCUGCUCCCAGUAGUCUCACCAUGCUUAGCUUUACACAGGCUGGAACAAUGCAGUAGCAGCUCACUAUCUAUAUAUGUGUCCAUUCACCCACUGGCCUCAUUCACGUUUAUCCAUCAAUGAAUCCUGCAGUAUCUAUUCUCAGUUUAGUUCUUCUGCAUCCUUCGGUUUGAUUUGACUCCCAUCACGGAUCGGUUAUUUUGAUCUCAUGUGUUCAUCACUUUGAUUUUUCCAAACUCUGUACGCUUCAGUAAUGCUGUUCCUGAUGAUGAUGGGCGACAGGCGACAGCUCUCUUCUGAACUGACACAUGUUUAGAUGUACGUCAGCGUUGCCACUUGAAGAGCAUGUGCUACUUUGAAUGUUCAGUGAAGUUGGUUCUUAGUUGCUUACACUAUACCCCCAAACUUCACUUACUUACUUUUUUUUAUCACUGGGUUUAUUUGACCCAAAGAACUCUGUUAUCAAUGUUUUUGUCUGCAAUAUUUAUAGCUUCAUUUGCUUUUCUUUUAACACUGUUAUUUUUGGUUAAACCAAAUAAAAAGGUUGUAUAUUCCCUG